GUCUCACUCUUCUAAGAAACUGCUUGAUCCCAUCUCUCCCCGCCCUGUCAUCUCUCCCCGCCCUGUCAUCUCUCCCCGCCCUGUCAUCUCUCCCCUCCCUGUCAUCUCUCCCCGCCCUGUCAUCUCUCCCCUCCCUGUCAUCUCUCCCCUCCCUGUCAUCUCUCCCCUCCCUGUCAUCUCUCCCCGCCCUGUCAUCUCUUCCCUCCCUGUCAUCUCUCCCCUCCCUGUCAUCUCUCCCCUCCCUGUCAUCUCUCCCCUCCCUGUCAUCUCUCCCCUCCCUGUCAUCUCUCCCCUCUCUGUCAUCUCUCCCCUCCCUGUCAUCUCUCCCCUCCCUGUCAUCUCUCCCCUCCCUGUCAUCUCUCCCCGCCCUGUCAUCUCUUCCCUCCCUGUCAUCUCUCCCCUCCCUGUCAUCUCUCCCCUCCCUGUCAUCUCUCCCCGCCCUGUCAUCUCUCCCCUCCCUGUCAUCUCUCCCCUCCCUGUCAUCUCUCCCCUCCCUGUCAUCUCUCCCCGCCCUGUCAUCUCUUCCCUCUCCCCUCCCUGUCAUCUCUCCCCUCCCUGUCAUCUCUCCCCUCCCUGUCAUCUCUCCCCUCCCUGUCAUCUCUCCCCUCCCUGUCAUCUCUCCGCACCCUGCCAUCUCUCCCCUCCCUGUCAUCUCUCCCCUCCCUGUCAUCUCUCCCCACCCUGCCAUCUCUCCCCGCCCUGUCAUCUCUCCCCUCCCUGUCACCUCUCCCCUCCCUGUCAUCUCUCCCCGCCCUGUCAUCUCUCCCCUCCCUGUCAUCUCUCCCCGCCCUGUCAUCUCUCCCCUCCUUGCUCUCUAUGCGGCCUCGGGCAGAGGCAUCAGAAGCGAGGAGGAGCAGCGAAUUGAGGUCGGGGUGAAUGGAAUUCCACCUGAGACAGCAAAAGCACAAGGGGAGGGGACCAAGAGCGAGAAGGUGGGAGGAGGGGAAGCAGGGGGAAGGAGGGGAAGCAGGGGGAAGGAGGGGAAGCAGGGGGAAGGAGGGGAAGCAGGGGGAAGGUGGGGAAGCAGGGGGAAGGAGGGGAAGCAGGGGGGAGGAGGGGAAGCAGGGGGAAGGAGGGGAAGCAGGGGGAAGGAGGGGAAGCAGGGGGAAGGAGGGGAAGCAGGGGGGAGGAGGGGAAGCAGGGGGGAGGAGGGGAAGCAGGGGGAAGGAGGGGAAGCAGGGGGAAGGAGGGGAAGCAGGGGGAAGGAGGGGAAGCAGGGGGGAGGAGGGGAAGCAGGGGGAAGGAGGGGAAACAGGGGGAAGGUGGGGAAGCAGGGGGGAGGAGGGGAAGCAGGGGGAAGGAGGGGAAGCAGGGGGGAGGAGGGGAAGCAGGGGGAAGGAGGGGAAGCAGGGGGGAGGAGGGGAAGCAGGGGGAAGGAGGGGAAGCAGGGGGGAGGAGGGGAAGCAGGGGGAAGGAGGGGAAGCAGAGGGGGAAAUGAGGGGAAGCAGAGGGGGAAAGGAGGGGAAGCAGGGGGGGGAAGGAGGGGGUGGGGGGAAGGAGGGGAAGCAGGGGGGGAAAGGAGGGGAAGCAGGGGGAAAAGGAGGGGAAGGAUGGCAGAGAGGAAGGCAGAAUGA